ACUUUAAGUUUUGUGAAACAAAUAUUGCCCUAUAAUAACUGUAUGACCCAAAUCUUUGGGGAACAUUUCUUUGGAGGUGCUGAUGUCAUCCUGCUUACUGUGAUGGCCUAUGACCGCUAUGUGGCCAUCUGCAAGCCCCUGCACUACACGACCAUCAUGAGUCGGCGGGUGUGUGGCCUGCUAAUGGGAGUGGUGUGGGUGGGAGGCUUUCUUCAUGCAAUCAUACAGAUCCUCUUUAUCAUCCGAUUACCCUUCUGUGGCUCUAACGUCAUAGACCACUUUAUGUGUGAUCUGAACCCUUUGCUCAAUCUGGCCUGCACUGAUACCCAUACUCUAGGGCUCUUCGUUGCUGCCAACAGUGGUUUCAUCUGUCUGUUAAACUUCCUUCUCUUGAUGGUCUCCUAUGUGGUCAUUCUGCGCUCCCUAAGGUACCACAGCUUGGAGGCAAGGUGGAAAGCCCUCUCCACCUGUGUCUCCCACAUCACGGUGGUCGUCUUAUUCUUUAUACCCUGCAUAUUUGUGUACAUGAGACCCGCAGCUACUUUACCUAUUGAUAAAGCAGUGGCAGUGUUCUACACUACGAUAACUCCUAUGUUAAAUCCCUUAAUCUAUACCCUAAGAAACGACCAGAUGAAAAAUGCCAUUAAGAAAUUGUGUAGAAGGAAAGCUAUUUCAGGGGAUAAAUAA